AUGGAUCUAUUCAGCAACUUGCGACCGAGAGGCUCAGCGAGUCCUUGCAAUGAAAUACAUCCCGAGGGUAACACUGUCGAUGUUGCAGCACAGGCGAUUCAUCUCCAGGGUCGGCCGACUUUGCUUUUCGUGUACCUGUGGGCAGAAGAAGUGCGAGACAAGCCGCAGAGCAUAGCCGAAUUUUGGCUCUUCAUCUCGAUCUUCGCAAGCUGUGAGGAGGCGGCACAGCUGGGCAAUGUAGCUCAGCGGGGUGGUUUACGGGUAAUUGGGCAAACCGCGCGAUGGAUAAUUGUCAUCUUGUCCCUGCUCGCCUUCCUCGCUGGCCUCGGCGUCGAUUUCGCCCACAAGAACUUUCUGGUCAACGCACUCGACCCUUCCAGCAGCGAAGACCCAGACGCUUGCCACAUCCUCACCAUGGCCAACACGAUCCUCAUCGGUGUGUCAAUCGGAGUCUACGGCGUGAUGACCGUGGCCGGAAUCUACGGGACAACCAUCGCGCUGGGCCUUACCACCGUCGGCGACGCCAAAUACCACAGUGGCAUCCACAAGUACCGGAGAUACUCGACUGUCCUGAUCGUGGCAUUCCUCGCCCGCUCGAUGCUGGGGCUGGCUUUCAUCAUGGUUUUCGACUGGUUCAACAUGGAACCGUACGACCUGUUCUGCAUGGUCUACGCCAUCGUCUACGCUGCCAACACGGCCGUCAUGUUUUUCUGCAUCGCCAGCCUGAUCAGGAUCCCGAAUCCAAUGACGGACGAGGAGCUGCAGUAG